AUGAUUGGACCUAAACGGCUGCUCAAUGGGCUCUCAAGACAGAUUAAAGUGUACGGAAGCAACGUUAACAUCCUCAAAACACCCACAGAAUUCCGGGACACCUUACUGAAACUUUCCUCAGAAGUGAAGGAAAGAUCUAGAAUAUCUACACUCUACAUAGGAACGGGAGAUACUGAACACGGUGUCGUAAACAACCUUGUCAGCUCUGUCAAGAAACACGGCUGUGAUGUGAGUUUGAUGAUUGACAGGUACCGGGGUACCCGAGACGGUGGGAUUAUACUGAAAGACUUGCGGAGGAUGGGACUGGUUCACCUUUAUCAGGCUCCUUAUUGGAGCAGAGUCCGGUACAACAAACCCGGUAUUAUUGGGGAACUGCUGGGGGUACACCACAUGAAGUAUUACUUGUUUGAUGACAAUGUCAUUAUAUCAGGAGCUAAUAUGAGUGAUAUUUAUUUUGAUAAACGACAAGACAGGUACUUUCUGAUUAAAUCCAAGCAGUUGGCUGACUAUAUUUGUUUUUUUCAUAGUCUACAUUCUACCUGUGCUAAAGUGUGGGAUGUUGGUAAUUACGGCAGGUCUCAUUGGCUUGGUAAGGGGAAUCUAAAUAUAGCCUCAACGACAGCAGGUAAUUUCACUUGUAACACAUCCAUUGAGAAGGAUACAACUCUAAGAGAUUUAGGACCUUCAGACGGUGAUACGUUUAUCUACCCCAUCUUUCAAAUGCCUUGCUUCUCAGUCCACCAAAUCGACGAAGCCUUGGACUUGUUAUUGAAUACAGCGGAUUCAAAUCAGAACUUUACUCUUUCUUCUGGCUACUUUAAUCCUUCAAAACGGUUACUUGAUUCUCUGAAACAUACUAAAGCUCAAGUUGAUAUCAUCAUACCCUCUAACGAAGCGAAUGGUUUUUAUAAAGGAGCUUCUUUGAAAGGAUUGGUACCCGACAUGUAUAAUUUAUCUGCUAUGAGAACCCUUCAAAAGUGUCCCAAUGUUAAUAUAUUUCAGUAUAGUAGAGAUGAUUGGUCUUACCAUGCUAAGGGUUUGUGGUCCAACAAUCUUACGAUUUUGGGAUCUUCUAAUUUCAAUCAACGGUCUUCAAGUAGAGACACAGAGUUCUCUGUUGCUAUAGUUACUGAUAAUGAUGAACUGAAGGACAGUUUACUUGCAGAAAGGGAUAGUUUGAGGCUUCAUUCUGGUGAUCUUCAGAAAUGUUAUCGAUCAAUAAGCGCUGUGGGCUUCCCUAUUAUGUCUCAGUUUCUGUAG